CCAUACCCCUUUAUCCCUCUACCUUCACAUUUAUUACCAUCCUAUCUCCAUCUCAUCUCUCCUACAUAAAUAUUUCUUACAACAACUCAACUCUCACAACACAACUACAUAGGAGCCAGAGGCCAAAUGGUGAUGAUGGAGACCAACCAUGUCGCCUCCUCUUCCUCCUCGUUCGCUUCGUUCAAGACUUAUUUACGUGCCUUGUCGGACACUCCGCGGCGGGUGCGCCGCCGCGCGGCCUCCAUUUCGACGUCGUCCGAGGAGACCACGCGGUUACGUGAAAUCUCGGGGCCCACUCUACGUAGGACGCUGAGGUGGUACGAUCUUAUUUGCUUCGGGAUUGGGGGAAUGGUGGGCGCGGGAGUGUUCAUCACCUCGGGGAAAGCGAGCAGUCAGCUCGCGGGGCCCGCGCUUGUGCUGUCGUACGCUAUUGCGGGGCUAUGCGCGCUUUUGUCGGCGUUCUGUUAUACGGAGUUCGCUGUGGAAAUGCCUGUGGCUGGUGGCGCUUUUAGCUAUAUUCGUGUUACGUUCGGUGAAUUUGCGGCUUUCUUCACAGGUGCAAAUCUGAUAAUAGAUUAUGUUUUGUCGAACGCUGCCGUGGCCAGAAGUCUCACCACAUAUCUAGGGGCAGCCAUUGGUAUGUCCUCGUCAGAAACUAAAUGGAGACUGACAAUUUCUGUUUUGCCGCAAGGAUUCAAUCAAAUCGACUUCAUUUCCGUUGUCAUCGUCUUAAUUCUAACCUUAAUUAUCUGUUACAGUACGAGAGAGAGUUCAUUGGUGAACAUGUUGUUCACAGCCCUCCACAUUGCAUUUAUCGUGUUUAUUAUAGUUAUUGGAUUUAUGAGGGGUGAUGUUAAGAAUUUUACGGUUCCAGCUGAGCCUCAGCACAGUGGUGGUUUCUUUCCGUAUGGAGCUGCUGGCGUUUUCAAUGGGGCGGCUCUUGUGUACUUGAGCUAUAUUGGAUAUGAUGCAGUUUCGACAAUGGCAGAGGAAGUUGAGAACCCGGUUAAGGAUAUCCCUAUUGGAGUUUCGGGUUCAGUUAUUAUUGUUACUGUCCUUUACUGUUUGAUGGCCGCUUCAAUGUCAAUGUUACUUCCUUAUGAUAUGAUUGAUCCAAGUGAUCCAUUUUCAGCAGCAUUCAAGGGCAAAUCAGAUGGCUGGCACUGGGUAUCAAAUGUGAUAGGGGCUGGUGCCAGUUUUGGAAUACUAACAUCCUUGCUAGUUGCAAUGUUGGGUCAAGCUCGGUACAUGUGCAUGAUCGGACGGUCUAGGGUGGUCCCCGAGUGGUUCGCCAAGGUCCAUCCGAGAACAUUAACGCCUGUGAAUGCUUCUGCGUUCCUUGGAAUCUGUACUGCAGCAAUAGCUAUUUUCACUGAUAUGAGCAUCCUCCUCAACCUUGUAUCCAUUGGCACACUAUUUGUGUUCUAUAUGGUAGCCAAUGCAGUGAUAUACAGGCGUUACGUCCUGGUGGAGACGACAAAUCCAUGGCCUACACUGUCCUUCCUUUUCUGUCUUUCACUAACAGCCAUCAUAUUUAGCAUCCUCUGGCAUGUUGCACCACAGGGCAAGCCAAAGGCCUUCAUGCUCGGUAUCUGCAUAGCAAUGGCUAUCGGUAUUCUACAGCUGUUUCAUUACAUGGUCCCACAAGCACGACAAGCCAAGUUUUGGGGGGUUCCACUAAUGCCAUGGAUACCAUCCAUCUCAAUCUUCCUCAACGUAUUUUUGUUGGGAGCUCUCGACCGACCAUCAUACGUGCGGUUCGGAUUCUUUUCGGUUGUUAUAGUGCUUGUAUAUGUUCUAUACAGUGUACAUGCCAGCUUUGAUGCCGAACAAAAUGGGGGUCUUAAUCAAAAGAGUAGUGACUUAUCUGCAGAAUCAACUGUCGAUGAGGAAUACUACUUUAAAGUGUAAAUACCAUUUUUUCUGACUUUUAGUUUUUUUGUUGAUGGAUGCAUAAAAUGCAUUAGGAUAGACUGCAAGUUGUAUAGUUGGUCUGGUUGCAAGUAUAAGUUGAAAUUCUUGCAUUUUUGUUUAUGUAAUCCAUCAAUUGGUAGGACCAAGUCUCGGAGAUUUCAUAAAAAUGAGUAAUCAUGAAAAUCAAAGAGAAUCAUAAAGUUGAUCAUUGGAAUAACAGUGUUACUUCUUUUACCUUA